GCAGUUUCUUAAUAUGUAUUACAGAAAUACUACUGGUAUUUGCAAAUAUGUAGUUUAAUUGUAUUAUUGAACUCUCAUUUUGGGGGCUUGGGCACAUUAACAGAUUAAUCCAUCUGUAUAGGGCUUUUGCUGUUGGAUAGAAUUUAAAUUGUCUACAUAAAUAAUUUGUCUUAGGACCUUUAGAUUUUAUCUGAAUACACAGAAUAGGCUUUUAAAGUAGGCAUACAUGUGAUUUUGGGCUUAAGGAGUUUUAGACAAGUUAGAUAUUGAACUGACACUACAUAGCAUUUUUUGAUACGGUUAGCAUGGCACAUAUUGGAACCUAAAGCAUUUUACUAUACAGUGAAGCAGCCGACACGAGUCGUUGUUCAUAAAACAGCUUUUGAAAGUUGAGAGCACACCCCUGGAGAACCGACUGUGCUUGCUUACGUUUGGUUCAUGACUUAAAAAUCGAGUACAGGAGUUAUUCCUGAUGAGACUAAGGCUUUGUCUCUAUUGGCACCAGCUAAUGCAGUGGCAGGUCUUCUGCCUGGUGGAGGACUCCUGCCUACCCCCAAUCCACUUACCCAGAUUGGCGCUGUUCCCCUCGCUGCGUUGGGAGCUCCAGCUCUUGAUCCUGCCCUUGCUGCUCUUGGGCUUCCAGGAACAAAUUUGAACUCUCAGUCCCUUGCUGCAGACCAGCUACUGAAGCUUAUGAGUACUGUUGAUCCCAAAUUGAACCAUGUAGCUGCUGGUCUUGUUUCACCAAGUCUGAAGUCAGACACCUCUAGUAAAGAAAUAGAGGAAGCCAUGAAGAGAGUGCGUGAGGCCCAGUCCUUGAUUUCUGCCGCUAUUGAGCCAGACAAGAAGGAAGAAAAGAGAAGGCAUUCGAGGUCAAGGUCACGCUCCAGGAGGAGGAGGACUCCCUCAUCCUCUAGACACAGGCGGUCACGAAGUCGGUCAAGGAGGCGGUCACACUCCAAGUCCAGGAGUAGAAGGAGAUCCAAAAGUCCAAGACGGAGACGAUCUCAUUCCCGCGAGAGGGGUAGAAGGUCAAGGAGCACAUCCAAAGCUAGAGACAAAAAGAAAGAAGAUAAAGAAAAGAAACGUUCCAAAACUCCACCAAAAAGCUACAGCACAGCCAGACGCUCUCGGAGUGCAAGCAGUUUGCACAUUUGUGAUUCUAGAGAGAGAAGGCGGCGGCGAAGCAGGAGUGGUACAAGAUCUCCUAAAAAGCCCAGAUCUCCUAAAAGAAAGCUGUCCCGCUCACCAUCUCCACGGAGACAUAAAAAAGAGAAGAAGAAAGAUAAAGACAAAGAAAGAAGCAGAGAUGAAAGGGAACGAUCAACAAGUAAAAAGAAGAGGAGCAAAGACAAGGAGAAGGAGCGAGAAAGGAAGUCUGAGAGUGACAAAGACGUCAAACAGGUAACUCGGGAUUAUGAUGAAGAAGAGCAAGGCUAUGACAGUGAGAAAGAAAAGAAAGAGGAGAAAAGGCCGACAGAAGCAGUGUCCCCUAAAACAAAGGAGUGCUCUGUUGAGAAGGGGAUGGGUGACCUUCGAGAGUCCAAAGUGAAUGGGGAUGAUCACCACGAAGAAGACAUGGACAUGAGUGACUGAGGCGCUGAGCUGGCUGCAGAUGGGCCUUAGUGUCCUUCCUCUUGAUCCUAAUGCUGUGUGUGUUCAUCUCACUAGGUGUGUACAGCUGCACAUGACCUAUGGCAGAACACCCGGUUGUGACCUAGUUCUUUACAGCAAACGCUUUUAGAAGGUGGUACCUGGGUGACCAGCACUGCCAUGGUUAUAUCCAUUUGCGUGACCAAGCAGCUGUGCAACUGCUGCUUCUAACACAGAUGAACAGCUGCAUGCAUCUCCAGCAGGCAUGGAUUGUCUCUGUCAUAUGACCCUCAGUGCGUUCACUUAGAGUAUUCCUAGAGUUUGAGUCCUUGCCGUGAUAGAGCCAUGUAGGGAAUGCACUGAUUGCAUGUUACCCCAAACGUCAUGAAACCCUCUGACACGGUGACCUACUUAAAGGUCUUGUUUGUUGACAUGACAAAUUAACAUUCGUAGAGUUACAUCUGGAAAAAAGCAUUUGUGAUAGAUAAGCCUUUUGAGCCUUGUGGCUAAAUUUUUGUGGCUUUGUUUAACUUUCAAAGGUUAUAUAUGCACUAACCUUUUUGAUGGCUAAGUAGGCUUUAAAUUACAGGAAAAAUUUUUCAAAUAAAACUGGCUGUAAAAUACGUUUUGAAUUAGAGUUGUUCACUUUUUCAUAGCUACUUAGUUUUUUUUCCAAUAAUUUAUUUCCCAUCUCUACCAGUGAACGCAACCUGCUUACCCAGCCCAGCACUAGAAGAAAUUGACCUUGUCCUGAGUUUCAGUUUUCAACUUUUAUUAGUUUUAAAGCUCACUAUUGAACAAGAGGAGGUGGUGGUGCAUUUUAAAUUUACCUUCAUGUGCUUCUAAGAUGACAAAUCUUGAUAAUGUACUUUUAUUUGAUCUCAAGUUGUACAAAACCAAUAAAUUUGUGUUACUUUGAUUGCAGUAGUACCUUAUGCACAGUGAUUCCAUGUUAUAUGCAGACUAGAUAGGAAACCGUUUUCUUAGUUCCAGGAGUUAAAAGCUUCACUUUUGUGCAGUAAAAAACAAAAGUAGGCUACCGUCUGUGCCAUGUUGAUGUACAGUUUCUGAAAUUGUUUUACAAGACUUUGAUAAUAAAACCCUUAAACUCAAAA